AAUGCCCUUAGGGAAAUCCUCACGGACGAAAAGUUCCUCCCUACCGACGACCUCCUCCUCGCUGCUGAUCUCAUCAAAUUCUCAAGAAACGCUAUCCUGACAGUGGAUCUAGCAAAGAUGCUGUGGCAGUCCAAGGAAGAUAAUUCGUACAUCCAGCAUGUCGACAUUCUAUUCGCCUUCCUGGAGGAGUUCGGUCUUCUGGUAAAGGCGUUUCUUGGUCAGGACAAGGAGGGGAAACCACUGUACGAUGAUGACUACACCGUACCGAGCAAACUCCAAAGGGCACCAGACAUGAAUCGAAUGUCAGAUCUUCUCAAAGUUAAAGGAACAGUUUGUUCACGAACGCUGUGCCUCGUAUUUGAGGAUAUCUUUACUCCUCAGGAGUUGUUCGAUCGGAUAUAUGCUGGAAUCAUCACGACGUUUAAACCAGGGGAGGAAGCUUCCAGAGGUAGCUUCAGCCAAACCAAUCUAGAUAGGCAAAUCUACAAAGAUCUUGGCUGCUUCAAGAUAGACGAUCUCUGUAACAUGGUCGUUAGGAUGCAGUGGGAACAGUCUAUGAUAGCGGUCACGCUGUUUACGACUUCAGAACCACAGAUUCCUGACGACACUGGGAGGAAGGUUAGACAGAAACUGGAGACAAUCAUACGACACACUCUAGAGGUUAGCCGCCAGGAACACCUUGAGUACAGGUACAAGCUUCACUGUAGAUUCUAUCUGAAACCUUCCGACAAUCCGCGAGAGGAAGACGGGAUAGUUAGGACAAUGAGAGGACUACCCUGUCAGGGAGAAGGCUGUUCAGGGAAACACAUCCUCACAAAACGUGACUGGCGCGUAUGGUUUCCUGAAACCAAGAAUAUGGAGGUCAAAAAAGUGAAAAAGUCGUAUGCGAGCGAUCUGCUUAAUGACAAAGGUUUACAAGACAGAGUGGCAGACGAACUUGGCGCAGGCUGGGAAUGCGUUUUAACGGCCUUAAAAGUUUCACAGAGCAGAAUAGAGAGAAUAAAAAUAGAUAAUGUGGGUUCGUCCCUGAACCAGAUCACGACGGCUUUGAUCGAAUGGCGAAACAACUAUCCCGAGGACAGGUCAGAAAUGGAUAUGUUAAGAGACUUGUCAGAGGCUUUCCGGGAAAACGAUGCCAACAGUGACGUCAUAGAUGACGAACUGGAUCUGUUGACGAGGUCAGACAUCAAAGAGUAGAUAUAUUAUGUAUAAUCGAAAUUCCAUACCCAAGCUCAACUAAUGUGAAAACGGCCGUUUGUAUUUUUUUAAUGGUUUGAAUUUAUAGAAGCAAAUGAUUACUACAAUUGUUUUGUCAUAUAGAUUAAGUAUAGAGAACUGUACAUACCAAUGGUUGAGUAUCAAUAUGUGUUGAGAAGGAAGGACAUUAUUUUUGUGAAUUAAUUACCUGGUAAACAUCAACAAUAAAUUUUGCAAACGAUAUCAUUAUCAUGACUGGUUUAAAAAGACCGAAAGUAUUAGAUCUAAAUGCGUUUAGCCUUCCGAAAUAAUAUCUAGAUUAAUACUUUCAUCUACUGGUUAGAAUGAAUUGUUUAGUACAGUUGAAUAGGUAAAUUAAAUCCAUCCCCAAUAUCAUCUAGGUUAGGUACCUUACAUAAUCCUGCUUCUUGUGAUAUAUUGAUACUUGUAUAUAUGUUCGUGUGACUCUACAAAAUGGAGGAAUUAAUAAAUUUCUCUUUCACGUUAUGAAAAAGUCUACUCUUGAAGGAUAUUGAGAAUGGAGAAAACAUACACGCUGAUGGUAGUAUAUACAUUUAUAUAUGGGACAACGAAGUAAAUGCAACAGUAUACAACAUAUAAUGUUGUCGAUAUUACUUUAUGUAUCUGCAUGCACGUUACAGUAAAUGCAAAGUUAAGUAGCAGGUAAUGUGUAACUCUUGACAGAUCAGGUGACUAGAACCCGCUAUCAGUCGGUGUAUCCCGGCAAUUCAGUCCUAAGAAUUUUAAAGAAGAAAAGGAAUUGAUAAACUUUGUUAUUCCAGCCUCAGAAGAUUGAAAAACAUGUAAUGGUAUCGUUGACUGAUACAAUUAUUGUCACUCCGAUCUGGUUUGUAUUUCUCCCCUUUUUAAAUUUACACAACGCUAUCCUUAGACAAAAGGGAGGUAAAUCUGAUAACCUUCCAGCUUACACACAUAGUAGAUACAUCCUGCUGUACAUGUGGUAGGAAGGAUGACUGAAAGAAUGUCGUUAAAUUGUAUUGAAUACCUCAUUUAUAUCAAUGUACACUAUGUAUAGAAUAGGUAAGCCUGAGAUUUGAUACCGUUAUAUAAUGGGAUGUCCAGAGAGAGAAAACAAUCCUUGGUAGUCUAGAUGUAAGUUGGCAAUUUAACCACUGUUACUAUUGAUAACGUCAGCCAAAUAUGACAGAAUGCAGGACCUAAUUCUGACGGAGGAAUUCUACUUAAUUUACCCACCUUUGUUAAAUAUUUCUCACGGCAUGUUUACUGUAACAUUAAGUACCCAUUUUCUUUACUGAAAGAAUGUUCUCUUCCCGGCUUGACCAGCUCUGUCUUAGCUCAUGGCAAGGUUGAUGCGUUAAAGUUGAAAACAACAUAGCUAAGGCUUCUCCACAUCCGACCAACAUGUGAAAAUAGUCUUUGUAUGAUUGUUGGGAGUGUAUUGGUACUGUAAAUACAAAACUGUUUACGCUAUCGAAUCGGCGAAGAGGCUUAUCUGUAUAUGGAUUAAUUUAAGGAACUCAGUUUGUAUCUCAGUAAGUGUGAAAAACGAAUAAAUCGUUCAAUAAACGUAAACAGUAAAUUUUGAAAUGUAUGCAUCAUGACAUAUAACAACUUAACCACGCGACGACGAAAUCGGACAUCAAUGUCGACAACAACACGAACAGGGACCGACGAGAGAAAAAAUAAAAACAUUGUAACAUCCUC